CGGCGGCGGCUCGGGCAGAGGGGCGGGAGCAGAGGCGGGAGCGGACGGGCUCGGGAGAGGCAGCGGAAUGGUGGACUACCACGCGGCGAACCAGUCGUACCAAUACGGCCCCAGCAGCGGGAGCAAUGGCGCCGGCGGCGGGGGUAGCAUGGGCGACUACAUGGCCCAGGAGGACGACUGGGACCGGGACCUGCUGCUGGACCCGGCCUGGGAGAAGCAGCAGCGCAAGACCUUCACAGCCUGGUGCAACUCCCACCUGAGGAAGGCCGGCACGCAGAUCGAGAACAUUGACGAGGACUUCCGAGACGGGCUCAAGCUCAUGCUCCUCCUGGAGGUCAUUUCAGGGGAGCGGUUACCUAAGCCGGAGCGGGGCAAGAUGAGAGUGCACAAAAUCAACAAUGUGAACAAGGCACUGGACUUCAUCGCCAGCAAAGGAGUCAAGCUGGUCUCCAUCGGGGCGGAAGAGAUUGUGGACGGCAACGCAAAGAUGACCCUGGGAAUGAUCUGGACCAUCAUCCUCAGGUUCGCCAUCCAGGACAUCUCUGUGGAAGAGACCUCUGCCAAGGAGGGGCUCCUUCUCUGGUGCCAGAGAAAGACGGCCCCGUACAAGAACGUCAACGUGCAGAACUUCCACAUCAGCUGGAAGGACGGUCUUGCCUUCAAUGCCCUGAUCCACCGGCACAGACCAGAGCUGAUUGAGUAUGACAAGCUGAGAAAGGACGACCCCGUCACCAACCUGAACAAUGCCUUUGAAGUGGCUGAGAAAUACCUAGACAUCCCCAAGAUGUUGGAUGCAGAGGACAUCGUGAACACGGCCCGGCCCGACGAGAAGGCCAUAAUGACCUAUGUGUCCAGCUUCUACCAUGCCUUUUCGGGAGCGCAGAAGGCUGAGACUGCCGCCAACCGGAUUUGCAAGGUGCUGGCUGUCAACCAGGAGAAUGAACACCUGAUGGAAGAUUAUGAGAGGCUGGCCAGCGAUCUCCUGGAGUGGAUCCGGCGCACCAUCCCCUGGCUGGAGGACCGCGUGCCCCAGAAGACCAUCCAGGAGAUGCAGCAGAAGCUGGAGGACUUCCGUGACUACCGGCGCGUCCAUAAGCCGCCCAAGGUGCAGGAGAAGUGCCAGCUGGAGAUCAACUUCAACACGCUGCAGACCAAGCUGCGCCUCAGCAACCGGCCCGCCUUCAUGCCCUCCGAGGGCAAGAUGGUCUCGGACAUCAACAACGGCUGGCAGCACCUGGAGCAGGCCGAGAAGGGCUACGAGGAGUGGCUGCUGAAUGAGAUCCGCAGGUUGGAGCGGCUCGACCACCUGGCAGAGAAGUUCCGGCAGAAGGCCUCCAUCCACGAGGCCUGGACCGACGGGAAGGAGGCCAUGCUGAAGCACCGGGACUAUGAGACGGCCACCCUGUCGGACAUCAAAGCCCUCAUCCGCAAGCACGAGGCCUUCGAGAGCGACCUGGCCGCACACCAGGACCGCGUGGAGCAGAUCGCCGCUAUCGCCCAGGAGCUCAACGAGCUGGAUUACUACGACUCCCACAACGUCAACACCCGCUGCCAGAAGAUCUGCGACCAGUGGGACGCCCUUGGCUCUCUGACCCACAGUCGCAGGGAAGCCCUGGAGAAAACGGAGAAGCAGCUGGAGACCAUCGACCAGCUGCACCUGGAGUACGCCAAGCGGGCAGCCCCCUUCAACAACUGGAUGGAGAGCGCCAUGGAGGACCUCCAGGACAUGUUCAUUGUCCACACCAUCGAGGAGAUCGAGGGCCUGAUCUCAGCCCACGACCAGUUCAAGUCAACACUGCCGGACGCUGACAGGGAACGGGAGGCCAUCCUGGCCAUCCACAAGGAGGCCCAGAGGAUCGCCGAGAGCAACCACAUCAAGCUGUCAGGCAGCAACCCCUACACCACCGUCACCCCCCAGAUCAUCAACUCCAAGUGGGAGAAGGUGCAGCAGCUGGUGCCCAAGCGGGACCACGCCCUCCUGGAGGAGCAGAGCAAACAGCAGUCCAACGAGCACCUCCGCCGCCAGUUCGCCAGCCAGGCCAACAUCGUGGGGCCCUGGAUCCAGACUAAGAUGGAGGAGAUCGGGCGCAUCUCCAUCGAGAUGAACGGGACUCUGGAGGACCAGCUGAGCCACCUGAAGCAGUACGAGCGCAGCAUCGUGGACUACAAGCCGAGCCUGGACCUGCUGGAGCAGCAGCACCAGCUCAUCCAGGAGGCGCUCAUCUUCGACAACAAGCACACCAACUACACCAUGGAGCACAUCCGCGUGGGCUGGGAGCAGCUGCUCACCACCAUCGCCCGCACCAUCAACGAGGUCGAGAACCAGAUCCUCACCCGCGAUGCCAAGGGCAUCAGCCAAGAGCAGAUGCAGGAGUUCCGGGCGUCCUUCAAUCACUUCGACAAGGACCACGGCGGGGCGCUGGGGCCAGAGGAGUUCAAGGCCUGCCUCAUCAGCCUGGGCUACGACGUGGAGAAUGACCGGCAGAAGCAGACAGGCAGCAUGGACUCCGAUGACUUCAGGGCUCUGCUUAUCUCCACGGGAUACAGCCUGGGCGAUGCCGAGUUCAACCGCAUCAUGAGCGUGGUUGACCCCAACCACAGCGGCCUUGUGACCUUCCAAGCCUUCAUCGACUUCAUGUCGAGGGAGACCACCGACACGGACACGGCCGACCAGGUCAUCGCCUCCUUCAAGGUCCUGGCCGGGGACAAGAACUUCAUCACAGCCGAGGAGCUGCGGAGAGAGCUGCCCCCCGACCAGGCCGAGUACUGCAUCGCCCGCAUGGCCCCGUACCAGGGCCCUGAUGCCGUGCCCGGGGCCCUCGACUACAAGUCCUUCUCCACAGCCCUGUACGGCGAGAGCGACCUGUGAGGCCCCCACCGGAGAAACCCUGACCAAACACCCCUCCUCACAGCCUCCAGGAGGGGCUGGGGGAGCUCUUCUGCCCCCCUCCCCGCUGCAAGAGCACCCCCUGGCCCCACUCCUCUGACUCUGUAUCUAUGCAAAGCACUCUCUGUCAGUCCUUCCUGGGCGGGAGCGGGGUGGGCAGGGAGGGGCUGGGGCAGGCUCUCUCCUCUCUCGUUGUCGGUGCGCCAGGAGGGUCUCCCCUCCCCCUGGACGGGGGUGAGGGAGGCUUCCGGGGUCAGCGCUUCUGGUCUGGUAAAUAUAUAUGAUGUGUUGUUUUGUUUUGUUUUUUUAACUCUGUGGAGGGGACAGUGGAUCCUCACAGCAAAACAGGCCCCCUCCAAGCCCUAGAAAGGCCCACCCCUCACCACCCCCCCCCUCCCCGGUCCAUUUCUUCUCCCCUGAGGUCCCUUCAAGGCCUCCCACAUCCAGGCCAAAGCCCGACGUGCCUUGUCCAGGAACCGCCCGGGCCUGCAAUGGGCCCCACAGAGGGUGCCACAGCCGCCCGGCAGGAAAGAGGACCAGCCUGCUCCCUGCUCCCCCGUCCCCUCCCCUCACUUGGCAUCGCCAGGAUAUGAGGGGGUUCAGCUCAGUCCCCCCUCUUCUGCACCAGGAGUGGGGUUGGGCAGACCAGCCUCCCACCCUCACCCCCAGCCAGCCCCCACCUUGCUUUGUCUGGACCUGCAUAUCUCUCAGAUUUUCUAAGGACCCCCCUCCACCUGCAAAAAAAAAAAAAGAAAAAAAAAACACACACACACACACAAAACACAAAAAAAAACACACAAAAAUCCACAAAAAAAAAAAAAACUAUGAAAAAAAACCUUUCAGAGAAUUACUAUUUACUUUAUUAACUUACGGAUUUAUUAUAUAAAUAUAUAUUCACCUAGCAGCAUAUCUUCGCCGCCUCUUGCUCUCAUAAUGAAGACAUAGCUGAUUUGCUCCCCUCCCCGAGCCCCUUACUGAUUUCUCUGAUGUCUGCCGUCGGCGUGGGUCUCUGGGGACCCCCCCGAGGUGGAGGGUGGGCUGCUGGCCUAGCUGCCUGUUAGUGGAUGGUUUCGCUCCACCACCUCCCCCCCCCCUUUUUUUUGAGUUUAUUCCGAUUGAUUAUUUUUUUCUCGGUUUCUGGAUAAACCACCCUUCUGGGGACAGGAUAAUAAAACAUGUAAUAUUUUUAAGAAGGA